AUGAACAAUCCAAAAUCCGCCUCCAAAGUGCCCAAUCAAACGCCUCCAAGCUCAUCGAUUUAUUUAACAAUGGAGGACCUCGGUCUGAGGUUGGAUCAAGACCAAAUAUCUCUUGUGGAGAACAUUCCUCGCAACAUCGCAGGCGUCGAAAAGUCUAUCAACAUCAACCCCCCGCAAGUUCCAGUCAUCGAAGUCCCACGAGGUGGUGCGAGCGACAAUUCCGAAUUGCAAACCCAAGUUUCAGACUUUCUUCAAAACGCAGCCAGUCCCGAAGACAUGCGGCAAAUCGCAGCCAUUAUAGCAUCAGCCAAAGCGACUCACGAACCUAUCGCUUCACGUACCACCCACGUGGACUCUGGAUACGCUCCCAGUCCCCAACUCGCGGGCGUCACGUUCCGAUCUUCUUCAGACUCAGAGGGCGAUCCAAACAACGUAGAGAACUACGGGGGUCAAUCCCAAAAUGUCCGGCCCGGGAAAAUUCAAAAGCGUUCGGACUUUUUCAGUUCAUCUUCUGAAGAGGAGGAGACGCUAAACAGGGCGAAAGAUGAAAGUUGGCCCCACCCGCUAGCAAAACUCAUCGGUCAAAAUGGCUGUUCCAGUCAGAUUAUCUCGGAAGCGCGAGAGGAUCGAGAACUUGUCACUCACCACCGAGAUUUUGUUCGAGAGCGCACAAAGAAUCUUCGUCGAGCUUGUUUUCCAACGAGCAGAGUUGGGUGGCACAAUGGUUUGCUAGCCAUCCGUUUGGCGCAAAUUCAAGAAUUGUUGGGAAAGAGCGUUUUAGCCGGAAGCAAGACGCUAGCCUUCAAAGCAAUAUUAAACUUAUCAGAGGUGGAGAACAUCCCAGUAGUGGAUAUCAGUCAAGCAAAACGUUGGAUUUCUAACGAACGAAAACUCCACGUUACUCUCUCAAAGAUGAUCAAAGAUUGCUCCAAUGCUGCGGAUCACGAAUCCAAUAUAGCAAGAGUCGUGGAGAAAGAUGGCUAUUGGACGGUAGCCGCUUUCGAAGGCUCGGCGGAAUUCAAUUCGGCUUUCAAGCGCCAUUUAGAGUACGUGAAGCGCGAGUCAAGCAAGGAGACGUCUGGAUCAAGAUCUUCAGCGUCUAAUUUCAUUAACGGCCAUUUCAAGGGAACGGCACCCUCUUUCCGAGGAGUCGAGGAUAAGCGGAAAAUGACUAGGGCAUUCUCCGGAGGGAGACAUUAUAGAGAGCUCCGGCCUGCACUGCAGAAUUUUCGUCCCAAAGAAGGGCCGUCAGUCCAGAGACCUUGCGCGGUGUGUAAAAGUCCUGAUCAUUGGGUAAACAUGUGUCCUCAUCGAGGCAAGUAGCUCUGCGUGUAACUUGAUCGUCUCCAUGUGUGUUAAAGAGGACAAGUUUACUAUCUGUCCUCAACAACUUGCCAACUAGUAUGUUUCUCUCGAUUUAACCAUGUAGUCCCACAGCUUGUUUUGUUUUUUUGUGAGAUUUACAAUUUGUCCUUUUAACUUUGUCUGUUAUAUUUUUGUGCUUUGUUUCUUCAAGUAAAUUUUCUGUGUUACACUAGUA